AUGGGAGGCGUUCUAACUGUCCAUGCCAUAAAACAACACAUACUAGAAGACAUCAGAAAAGAAUUAAGAGAAUACUAUAACGCAAUGUCCAAACCUGAGGAAAGUGGAAGUGGAGGUAGACGAAAUGAAGAUGAAAUUGACAGCAAGGAUAUCGAUCCCGAUGACGAAAAUAUGCAGUUAUUCUUGAGUAUGGGUGUAGAAAUAAACGGCGUUGUAAAGAAGCCGAAAGGACUACAUCCCGAAAAUUCCAAGCUACUGAAAGAACAGAGUUUGGAUAGGACAUUACAAACAGACCGCGAGGCGGAUAAGGAAGGACAAAGAAGGAAUAAAAGGAACUUUGGGCCAGGCUGGGUAAGAUGGCCAAAAGGAAUCGUACCUUAUAUACUUGAUGACAACUUAGUCGCAAACAGAAGAUCUUUUCUUGAAGCAGUAGACUUGUUUAACAACCUUACAUGCAUCAGAUGGAAACCUAGAUCCCCGGAAGUUAAGGCGGAAGCAGGGCAUGACGGAUAUGUCAAGAUUCAAAGUGGUUCCGGUUGCAGUAGUUCUGGACUUGGAUUUAAAGGGGACAGACGACACAAUAUCACUUUACAAGAACCCGGAUGUGGAUCGGUUGACAUCGCAGUGCAUGAAAUGCUGCACAUCCUCGGUCAGACUCACGAACAAUCUCGUAACGAUCGGAAUCGGUAUGUCAAAAUCAUCUGGAAGAACGUCAUAUCCGGUCAUGAGGAAAACUUUUACAGGGUGUUAACCUACGAUCGCAACCCGUAUGAUCUUGGGAGUAUUAUGCAGUAUGAACCAUUGUUUUUCGGAGUUGAUGAUAGAGGAACAAUGGAAUUGAGGGACGAGAACCUAGAGUUCCUGGCAUACCCAGAUGAAAGACAGUUAUUGACUUUCUAUGAUUUAAAGGAUGUCCUAGACCAAUACCGUUGCACAGACCAUUGUACAAACACUCCAAAAUGUCAGAACGCCGGCUACACCAACACACAUUGUGAGUGCGAGUGUCCUAAAGGCUUCACGGGGGCGCUGUGUGAGACGGUUGUCACUGAUCCAGAUUGCGGUGGCUAUGUAACACUGGAGGAUGAUACGUACAAUUUUGGCGUAAGCAGGGAUAUAUCCGUCUCAUCUCCAAACUACCCGGACCCAGUCGGUCUGGGGAAAAUUUGUAGAUGGGCCGUCAAGGCACCGUCUGGUUACAUCAUAAAGAUGACGAUAGAUGACCUUCACAUGGCCUACAAUUAUGACAGAGUGCUCUGCUACCAUUGGCUGGAGAUCCAAUACAAUCUGCCCGGACAACCUGGCAUUCGUCGGUGUGGUGAUAUUGUUGGUAAAAGUUUCUUAACCUCAGUUGAUUCCCCGACAUUUAUGAUUGUUACCAUGGAUACUAAGAGAGCAGGGAAAAUGGCCGCGAACAAAGGACUAAGGCUUCAUUUUAAGUUAGAACGCGAAGUGUGCAGAGACAAUCAGUGCAUGUUUGGAGUGUGUGUAGCUGACGAGCUGAAGGAGUGUAAUUACAAAUGUGUUUGUCAACCCGGAUACCAGGGAGAAAUGUGUGAUAAAGUCGUAGAUGAUGCAAAACUAAACUGCAAUUUUGAACGGUUUGAGAAAUGCUUCUUCGAUAACAUUCAGGAAGGAGAUGAUUUUGAAUGGGGACCAGGAUUUAAACAUUCCGUGUCGUUGGGAACGGGACCGGAAGGGGCACACAGGGGUUCACAGUUCCUGUUCACUGAAAUGUCCUUCCCCAGAUUUCCAGGAGACAAGGCCAUUUUGCGAACAAUUGUCCCUUUACCAGAGAAGGCCGGCUGCCUGUCUUUUGCAUACAAUAUGUUUGGUCGUAACGUCAACAAGUUAUCUCUGUUUUUGGAGGAUUCCGCCUCAAAUAAAACUGAACUGUGGUCAAAAACAGGAAACCAAGGUUCUGAUUGGUUGAGAGCAGAUAUCAGUGUCCCUGCUACAAAUGGGCUAAAUCUGUCAUUUGAAGCAAUCAGGGGCGACUCGUGGGAUAGCGACAUAGCUUUGGAUGACAUAUGUUGGAAAGUUGGAAAUUGCGAUGCUUUAACCCCCGCGGACUGUUUUGUGUUUGGAAAAGAAAAAGAAUAUAACGGAACACGAAGCUACACCAAGAAAGGGAUCAAAUGCCAGGCGUGGAACGCUAGUGAACCUCAUCUAGUGACCUCAAAGUACGCCCACUUUGAGUCCAACUACUGUAGAAUGGGGGAUGCAGCGGAUCCCUGGUGUUACACCACUGAUGCCAACAAAACAUGGGACUGGUGCGGCGUUCCUUACUGCUACGCCUCGGAAUGUUCCUACGCCUCUGACGGCAGUGAUUAUGUCGGGACAGUGAGUCACACAGUGAACGGCCUGCCCUGUCAGAUGUGGGAUUCGAACAGCCCGCAUAAACACAAAUACAACAUGCUGACCCAUGACCAGAACUACUGCCGGAAUCCCGACUCCAGCGUGGCCCCCUGGUGUAUGACCAUGGACCCCGCCGUACGCUUGGGAUACUGCGACGUACCCAGAUGUGAGAGAGUCGAACAAGAGUGUAUCCUGACAGCAACAGGGAUAGAUUAUGCUGGAAAAACCAACGUCACAGCUUCGGGAAAAAAUUGUUUGCCUUGGAAAAAUAUUUCAGAAAAGAUGGCGCAUGAAGGGAACUACUGCAGAAAUCCCGAUUCAUCCGAAAGUCCGUGGUGCUAUGUAAAAGGAAACACGAAACAUGUAAAAGAAAAAUGCAACAUUCCGUCUUGUGCCGAAUCUCCUUGUUUUCAAAACCCUUGCAAGAACCAUGGCAAAUGUACAGUAAACGACACUUCUUUUACCUGCACCUGUCUAAAUGGAUUUAAGGGCGAUAAUUGUGAAAUACUUGAAUCAAUUGAAGAAGCAGACUGCAAAAGAACUACCACGGGUUGGGAAUACAGUGGACAGAUUGGAAUCACGAAGUCCGGAAGAACCUGUCAGGCCUGGGGCUCACAGACCCCGCACGGACACACGUACGGGACAAACCUACCGGGGAACUACUGCAGGGAUCCAAGUGAAUCCGGGUAUCUCUGGUGCUAUACAACGGAUCCAUACAAGGAGUGGGAGGAAUGCAAUAUUCCAAAUUGUGCUACACCACCAUUGGAAUGUAUCCCUGACUCUGACCCACAAGGAAAGCUCUACUUUGGAACUUACAAUGUGACGCAGUUUGGGUACCCGUGUCAGCGCUGGGACAGUCAGACCCCACACGAACACUCACAGAGUGCACUGAGUGACCAGGAAAAUUACUGCAGAAACCCUGACAACAAAGCAAUGCCCUGGUGCUACACAACGAAUCCCAAUCGGGCAUGGUUGUUCUGUAUCAUCAAAGACUGCUAGGGAAUCGUCCACUUUUGGAAACGGUAUUUGUCUAAUCUAGAUGUAAAAAAACAAUGCAUAAUCUAUGUUUACUCUGGUAAUCCU